UGUUCCAACACUGUAUUUUCCUAAAUUAAUGUAUGAUUCACUAAGUAAAACAUCAACAUUGUUGUUCAUGAAAUUCCUUGUUACAUAUUUGAGGCACAGUAAACCUUUUAGACUAAAGGACCCAGCUUCCUCUUCAAAUGGUUGGGGUCAAAGGUCCUUUGUCCCAGCAGUCUUUAUUACCAAGAGUGUCAUCAUAUGAAGUUGAUAAUAUUGGUUCAGUGGAGCCAUUAUUACUCAUUUAUUGCUUUGUAUUUGAAUUAUCUAAUGCUCAACAGCAGACGCCCUGUUACAGCUUUCAGUCUGGAGAGAAAGAAGACUAUAUUAAGUCCUGUGUUUGAUAUACUUUGGUUUCACUAUGUUUGUGGAUGUACAAUAUGAAUUAUGUAUGACAGAGUUAAUAUUUAGAAAAUAGGUACCUGAAAUGGAAAGAAAAGGGGAACGUGUGAGUGUGCGAGAACGAGGUGUGCAGAGGAAGCCCACAGCUGGUACAGUAUGUUACUGGCAAGCAAGUAGUUGUAAAUAAAAAAAAAUGUUGGCCACGCUGUUACCGUAAUGUCUUGCAUAGCAAACCCCUUCCAAAAUGUACUUUAAAAAAUGAUUAUUCUAAGUAGAAUAGUUACACAAUUUAAAAAAUAAUAGGAUUAUUGUAUAUAGCGCUUUUCAUUACAAAGAGAAUUUCAGAUACGCUUUAAAAAAUAAUACAUUUAGGGUUCUGGCAGUGGCAAGUGAUGGUGUUCCACUGCUGACAGGAGGUUGAGGCAGUUCAGAAAUGCAGUGGUAGUGGAGGGAGUGUUGAUGGUACAGGGAGGGAGAAGUGUCAAGUCAGAUACGGUAGACAGGCCCGGAGCUUUUCCUCGGGCACCUUUGCCGUAUCCUGCACGAUGUUUAUUUUUUAUUUUUUUAUUUAUCUACAGAUAUACACAACACACAUGAACAGAAAACAUCCCUGUAUUACCAAGGAAACUCGCGUACGUGUCUAAACCCAAAUUCCCCAGUUCCACUCACUUGGGCAUGAUCCGAUGCUCAAACGAGCUAUGUCCUUCCCUUUUUAUUCAUGGUGAUUCGUGGCAACUUUAUUUGAAUUAAUUAAAACACUGUCAUGGUCAAAAUCACUAUCGGGUCACAUCUUCACACCUCAAUACUGUCAUCCUCGUACCAAUCUUCAUUAUCACCAAUAAAAUAAUUAAAAAUAUCUAAACCCCGGGGCAUAUUUCUUAAUCUAGCCCUGACCCAACGUAAUACUUGUACCAUACUUCUCUCUGGAAAAGCGAGUGAGAAAUAACUUUCUACUGGUGUUAUUACGGUAUAUUUGACAGUGAAGGCCAAGGGGGAGAGGCAUUUCGAAUUGAGUUAGAUGUGAAAAAAUCAAGAGCUUGUGUUAGCUUUCCCUCCCAACUGUACAUACAAGAAAACCUCUGUGACCUUCGUGUACCAUUAUGUGGCUCUGGGCACUGCUUCCGAUCUGCUUGGCGGUGUUUGGCACUGUGGGCAUAUGGGUGGUGUUUGGUAUCGCUGUAUCGAAUGAGACUGUUAACAUCACAGAUAGAUUCCCUUACAUCAGUGAAUGUGGCACCUAUAAUCCUCAGAGCUGCAUCUUUGCUCAGAUCUGCAACGUCUGUGCUGUCUUGAGCCUGUGGGUUGUGGUGAUCCGGUUUCAGAGAGUCAGGGACUAUGGUCAGAACAGCAAGGUGAACAUCGCCAGUAUCGUACUGGGCUUCAUCUCCUGUGUGGGCAUCUCCCUCAUUCGGAACUUUCAGCAAUCUGUAGUGAUGGGGAUCCACUUGUUGGGAGCGUUCCUGGCGUUCUUCGUGGGCCUGGCCUACUUCUGGCUGCAGGUGUGGCUCUGCUACAAAGCCCAUCCCUUUAAAGACCGUCACUGGGUUGGACCUCUUCGAGCUACAUUCUGUAGCAUCUGCACCGUCCUGGUCAUCACCAUGGCUAUACUUCAUAAUACCGGCUACAAAUCUGGAGCGGCCAUUUGCGAGUGGGCCUUGGUCAUGUCCUUCUUUGUCCUUUUUGGCCUCUUUGGGUCCGAGUUCCGUCACAUCGACUUCCACCAGCUCACCGUGCAGAAACAACGUCUGAAGACACAGAGCACCAACGGAGUGGUCAGAAUGAAUGAUGUUUCAUAGUACAGCCAAUGAGGCAGGUAGCCAAGUGGUUAGAGCGUUGGACUAGUAACCUGAAAGGUUGCAAGAUCGAAUCCCCGAGCUGACAAGGG